UAUGGCGCUGCGGGGCUGGCGGUCGGUGGCCGCGCUCGGUCUGUGGGGCCCCAGGGGCACCGGGGCCGGGGCACGCGGCCUUCCCAAAGUCCCUGCCGGGCUCGCUGGGCCCAGCCUCUGGUGCAGAAUUACAGGUGGAAGAAGGUCCGUAUCUUUUUCUGUGGGUGCUUCAGGCGUCUUUGGAAGUGGAGGCAACAGCGUGAAGGGGAGGCUUUCCCUGCUGGACAUAGCUGAGCUGAUUCGGGCUGGAGCCUGCCAGAGGGUGAUUGUCAUGGUGGGCGCCGGCAUCAGCACACCCAGUGGCAUCCCAGACUUCAGAUCUCCAGGGAGUGGCCUCUACAGCAACCUCCAGCAGUACAAUAUCCCUUACCCUGAAGCCAUUUUUGAGCUCACAUUUUUCUUUCACAACCCCAAGCCCUUUUUCACUUUGGCCAAGGAGCUGUACCCUGGGAACUUCAGGCCCAAUGUCACUCACUACUUCCUCCGACUGCUGCAUGACAAGGGGCUGCUUCUGCGUCUCUACACACAGAAUAUUGACGGGCUCGAGAGAGUGUCUGGCAUCCCUACCUCAAAGCUGGUUGAAGCUCAUGGAACCUUUGCCACUGCCACCUGCACAGUCUGUCAAAGCCCCUUCCGAGGGGAGGACUUCUGGGCCGAUGUGAUGGCGGACAGGGUUCCCCGCUGCCAAGCCUGUACCGGGGUUGUGAAGCCCGACAUUGUGUUCUUUGGGGAGCCGCUGCCACAGAGGUUCUUGCUACAUAUGGUUGAUUUCCCCAUGGCAGAUCUGCUGCUCAUCCUUGGGACCUCCCUGGAGGUGGAGCCUUUUGCCAGCUUAUCAGAGGCUGUGCGGAGCUCAGUGCCCCGACUGCUCAUCAACCGGGAUUUGGUGGGGCCCUUGGCUUGGCGUCCUCGCAGCAGGGAUGUGGCCCAGCUAGGGGAUGUGGUUCACAGCGUGGAAAGGCUGGUGGAGCUUCUAGGCUGGACAGAAGAGAUGCAGAACCUUGUGGAGCAGGAAACCAGGAAGCUCAAUGGACAAGACAAAUAGGAGGGUGAUGACUGCCCCACGUGCAAGAAAUAGUGACACAGGAGAGGUCCACACCUCAUUUCAGAUGUGACCUCAUGCUUGAAGACAGCUUGGGCAGAUUUACAAGUAUUGGCUACUGAAGCAGGACAUGCACUCUCAGGAAUGGGUGUGAGGCCAUCCAUGCUGUGAGGAGGGUAUACGCACACUUGGUGCCACCUGACACACAGGAACUGUUUGCUGUGUCCAACUCUUCAUUCUGCUUUUCAUGCAGGAUGUUUUCUUGUGACAGUGAUCCCUCUUGGACUAAAACAGAGUGGACUUUUUCAUAGGUCAGAUGUGCUUUUUCUGUGCUAGGGUCACCGUCCAAAGGGCAGGCUCAGCAGCCCCAGGGGGUAGAAGAGCCAGGCUGUAGAUCUGGGUCCUAGGGUCUUUUAGUUAGAUGAUGUUUUUGGCAUGAAUAUGGAAGGGGAACCUUGAGGUACAUGGGUGUCUCAUACUACUUGAAGAGUCUGAGGAAGGGGAGCAUUUGUCUCUGAAUUCACCCUGGAUAUGGCAGCACUUUCUUUUCCACACUAGCUCUCCUCUCUGAAGGGCAUCAUAUCCUGUUGUUCAACCUUUCCUUGGGAAACUAUGUUCCAGAACAUUCUACCACAUCCUAGCCUGUCUCUUGUCCUCAUGCUGUCACCUACCAGGGCCUCUUCCAGUGGUGCUGCUAGAGUUAAUCUCUAGGAGAUGGAAACACUACUCACCUAAGACCAUGCUGGCUCCUGGCAUCUUGUCAGACUGCUCUCACCCAUGCUCAGGCCACUGGGAUGUGUGAGCAGAGCUUGCUUUUUCUCCUAGGGUCGUAGCAAGGCCCAGCACCAGUAGCUGACCCCUCCAGCACUGACUACUUCCCCUUCACCACCUACCCAUGUGUACAUCCUCCUUCCUGGCAUCCUGGUUGGCUUGGUGUUUCCUGGGGCAAAUGCUUCUCCUGUCCCUGAACCUGGCCUUGCCUGGUGCUGACAGAAUAGAUUUAACUAUUAAGACUCCAUGGAAAGGGGUCCCAUGACCUUGUCUUUCAUUGAGUGGUGACCUAGGAAACAGACUACUACAAAGAAUGAAAUUAGUUCUGUUCUACUUAAUGUUUCCCUACUUGUUAUUUUACAUGUAUAUUCACACUCAUUCUUACCUUAUACUCUUUAUUCCACAAUGAUGUUUCUGUGGCUACUUGUGGUGCACAAUAGAAACCUCAAUGAUGUUUGCACAAGGGGCAUUUUCCUUCAUUCGAAGUAUUCAUAGUCUAAGCCAGGAGGGAU